GUAUUGCAAAACCCGUGAUAACUGAAUUCCAUGGGUAAUGGAUGGUAUCAUAUACAAAUGGCAUCAGUGUUGUGUUUGGAGCUUUACCAUUCGCAUGCUUGACCAUUUCUUCAAAUGGUCGUAUGUACCUAGAGCUGUCAGUUUUGGUUAAAGCCCCGAGGCUAACCCUGGCCCAAUUUAUACUAGCCCCGUUUUUAUUGACCCACACCUUGGGGGCUUUACUUGGGGGCUUUUUUAAAGCCCCUGGCCCCAAAAAGCCCCGUUAGAUGGGAUGUGAAUGAAGGAGGGCCGGGUUAGCCCCCUAGUCCCAAUUUCUUCUGAACAAAGUUCACUAAGCACGGCCUCUCCCUCACUCUCACCACCCUUCCCUCCACCUCCUCCCAUCGUCUCUUCCCGCCACCCUUCUCCCGCCGUCUCCCCCCGUCAAGAUUAACUCCGGAGGAAACCUCCGCCCUCAUCGACGCCUACCGUGACAAGUGGUACUCCCUCGACCGCACAAACCUCAAAGCCAUCCACUGGCAAGCAGUCGCCGAUGCCGUCACUGCCCAGUGCCCCAACGCUUCCGCCACUGCCAAAACCAUCGUCUAGUGCCGCCACAAAAUGGAAAAACUUCGCAACACUACUGCACCGAAAUCCAACGCCUCCGCUCCCUCCUUCUCCCUCGCCUCAUCAACAACUCCACCACUGCUUCACCCUCAUCCUGGGUUCACUUCAAAUCGAUGGAUUCCAUGGAAAAAGGCCCCAACGAACCGCACACCGACACCACCACCGCCACCAACCCCACACCCCCACCAACAACCUCAAUUUCCCCGACGACGACAACGACGCAUUUGGAGUGGUAUCUGUUUUAUUUAAAAGUAAUGGAACGAAACACUAGAGUGACAUUUGAUGAUAUUAUUGGGGUGGAUGAAGACAAAGAAGACUUUAUGGAGGUGGUGGAGUUUCUGAAGAAGCCUGAGAGGUUCACUGUUGUUGGGGCUCGCAUACCUAAAGGAGUUCUUCUUGUUGGUCCUUCAGGAAUUGGGAAGACCCUGUUGGCCAAGGCUAUUACUGGUGAAGCUGGUGUUCCAUAUUUUUCAAUAUCUAAUUCUGUGUUUGUUGAGAUGUUUGUUGGUAUUGGUGCUUCUCGAGUUCGUGAUUUGUUCAAGAAGGCCAAAGAGAACGCCCUUUGCAUUGUCUUUAUUGAUGAAAUUGAUGAUGUUGGAAGACAAAGAGGAACUGGAAUUGGUUGAGGGAAUGAUGAAAGAGAGCAGACCCUCAACCAACUUUUGACAGAAAUGGAAUGAAGCUAAAUGAGAAGACAAAGGCAAUGCCAGAACUAAAUGAGAUGUAUUACAAGAAGAGACCACAACUUGUGAGCAAGAAAAGGACGAGGAUUCUAAAUUCUGUGUAGAACUGGAGGAUGUUCAAUUUGUGGAUGCAAAUGAUGUGAUGGAAAUUGAGAGACUUGGUGAAGAGAACAAGGAUCAUAAGGGUCAGAACAAGCAGAAACAUUACGAAGCAGUGUUGCUAAGAUUAUAAAUAUUUUAUUUCUAGAUUUGUGAUUUAUUAUUAUAGUUUUCUCCCUAAAAAGGAAGGCCCAUGGGCUGGCCCUAGCCCACAGGGCUUUGUGGAUAUUUGGCCCUAUGGGCUUUUUUAAUAAGGAUUUUUUUUGGCCCUGUGGGCUUUUUGGCCCCAACCCACAUGGAUUAGGGCAAGGGCCUAUCAAAUGGGCCAAUUUGACAGCUCUAUAUGUACCCAUUACGAACAAACCUUAAACUUUUUAUUUUCAGAGGUGACCCUUAUUGUUAAUUUUUUAGAAGUUUGUCGUGGAGAGUAGAGAGGGGAGGGAAUUUAGAGAUUGUUUAAAUGAAGAAAAAACAAAUUUAUGGAUUGGUUGAAACAAUUUAAGUUUUGUUCUUUCAGGACUGAACAUACCUUGUAAUUCAUCAUCUUGUACUCAUUUUCCAAGUCUCUUUUGUCUUUUAUCGAAUGGUGGCAUACUUACA